AAAGCGUUAUUCAAGAUGGCAAAGUCUCGGUUUGAAUAUGUGAGAACUUUUGAAAGGGAGAACCUCUUCCACCAGGAAACAUAUUUGGUAGUUCGAGUUGAUGGGAGAGGGUUUCACAAGUUCAGUGCUGAGUAUCAGUUCAGCAAACCGAAUGAUAUGAGAGCUUUACAAGUAAUGAAUAGUGCAGCACAAUCAUUAAUGGAGGCUAUACCUGAAAUUUUACUUGCAUAUGGAGAUCUGGAUGAAUACUCCUUUUUGUUGCGUAAGAAGUGUGAACUUUUUGAGAGAAGAGAGCUGAAGUUGGUAUCUACAUUUGCUUCCACGAUAUCUGCAUACUAUCAAUUCUAUUGGAAUAAAAUCAUUCCUGAGAAACCAUUGAAUGUUCAAAGGCUUCCCACCUUUGAUGCAAGAGUGGUUAUGUACCCUAAUGAGAAAAUUGUACGAGAUUAUUUUAGUUGGAGGCAAGUUGAUUGUCAUAUAAACAAUCUUUACAACACCACUUUUUGGACAUUGGUUGAAAGGGGAGGAUUAACUCCAAAGGAAGCAGAAAAUAAACUUAUAGGAACCCUUUCUUCGGAUAAGAAUGAAAUUCUUUUUAAAGAUUUCAAUAUAAAUUAUAAUAAUGAACCCGAAAUAUAUAAAAAGGGAACAGUUUUAGUUCGUGAAAACCCAAAUUUAAGACAGGAAUUGACUGAAGAACUUUCAGAUAGACAGAAACAAAGAGAAAUUAAAAAACUUCACAAGUCAAGAAUAGAGACUUAUCAUAUUGAUCUCAUAAAUGACAAAUUUUGGGAAGAUAGACCUUGGAUCUUUCAAUAAUUAAUAUUAAACUACCAUAUGUUAAAAACUCAGAUAUACAUUUUUCUAAUAAAAAUACCACUAUAUAACUCUAUAUAAUACAAUAAAUUAACAAUAAC